AUGGUUCGGCUGGUAGAACCAGCGAUUGACCAUCCAACAACCCAGCUAUUUCCAUACGCAGCCUUAAGUUAUACCUGGGUAGGUGAACAACCCUUGAGGCUGGAGAAGAAGAAGACCGAAUUGUACCUCAAGCAGGACGACCAUGGCGACAGGGCGAAGGAGAAUAACGCCACUACUCAGACUUCUGUCAAAGGGCCUUUCCAUGACCUGCCCCCUAGUAGGUCAACCCCCAACAAUUCGUUAUCAGUCGAUCGUUCAAAAGCCUCUUCUACAAGCCAUCGAAGCCCUUCCAUUCCAGUCACCAUUGUAGUGAUGGAAGUGGCUGUUGCAGAGUGGCUGGAAGGAAAUACAAACGAUGACCUUACUGCUCACAUCAAAUAA